GGCCUCUUAUUACUUUAAUUGAAUUUCAAUAUGAUCAAGUUGUUGAGUAAUUAGCAAUUUGUAAACACCUAAUGGCUGGUCAAUGGUCAAACCUAUGAUGUAUGGUUAAGAAUGCAAUUUAUUGAAAAACUAAUGGAAGUUAGUAAGUAGAGAUUUAUUCUUUCCAGUGAGAGAGCACCCAUCAUCUUUCUUUAGAUCUCAAGAUUAUUUUAUUACCGAUUUUUCUAUGAUACCAAAAAUAUGGUUUUAGAUUUUUUAAUUUUUUGAACAUCAAAUCAAAUUUACUCAUAAAUUAUUUCUUAAUUCCACAUACCCUUAAAUAAGGUUUGCAAAAUGGAGAUUCUAACAGAAUUGUUUUUGGGUUUGCAAAACCGUAAAACCGUAAUCGUAAAAUCGAAUCGGAAUCUUAAGAUUCUACAAAAACAAUCUAAUUAUAAGUUUAAACAUGCAAAAUAUAUCAUACAUUAGUUGAUUGUCUCCAAGGUGUAGAAUGUUUAAAACAUUUGUGAUGGCUAAUAUAUAUCAUUUCCAAUCUAAUCUAACAUAACAAUAACAUCCAUAUCAUUUCUCUCUUCUAAAUUCAAAUCAUCUACUACAAAUUUUGAUUACAAUGAUUUCAAAAGGCUUAGGGGUUUUUUGUUUGGCCUCUUAAUGAUCUCAUAAAGAGGCUGACUCUGAAUCGUUUAGAUUCAAGCGUUUGGUUGACACUAUUUCAGCCUCUUAAUCAGCCAGACAUUAAAAAAUAUUAUCUUAUUCGGUCAGAUGAGAUAAGGAGUCUGGAUGGUAAUUAUUCCUUUCAUACCCUUGCCCUAAAAACAGAUACAAGACGUCCGCCACUUUUUUUCUGCGCCCUUCUUCUUCUUCUUCGAGCGUCUUCUUCCCAAAAUCCUCUUCCCUGCGUCGAUUUCAAUCGGCCACCGUAGGACCUCCAACGCCGGACAACCUCUGCCUUCGUCGUCGUCUCCCCCGUUUCACCGGUACGUUUUUCUAUUUUGUCUAGCAUACCUUGCUUCCUUCUUCUUCCUUGCGUUGAUGUGUUGUUGCUGUUUCAUUGUUGUAUUGCUGCUGUUGCUGUAUUCAUGUUGAUUUGUUGUUUUCUUGCUGUUAGAUGUGAUUAUAAGUCCGAAAAUAUGUGUUCUUGCUGUUUUGUUGUUGUUUCUUGCUAAUUUGCUAUUUAUCUGUGAUUGGAAGUUCAAAAAAUAUGUGUUCUUGUUGAUUUGCUGCUAUGAUUUUUUUUUUGUCAUUGCUGGAUUUUCUUGCUGAAACAUGUUGUUGGUGAAUUUUGAAUACUAGACAUUGCACAAAUGGCACAAAAGGCCAAGAAUGAAUUAGAAACAGAUAUAAGGUGUGGAAAAAACAUUUUUUGAAGCUUGUAUUCAAGAAAUUACUACUUAUGGGCGUGAAUGGAGUAGUUUGAAAGCGAACUCAUGGAAGAAUGUAGCUAAAAGAUUGAAAACAGAUUACAAUUUUUUAGUUGAUCAAAAGCAAAUGAAAAACCGAUACGACUACUUGAAAUCAAAGUAUUGUGCUUGGUUGAAAUUAAAAAAACAAAACAGACAAUGUCUAUAACCCCAUGACUAACACGUUUAACAUGGAAGAAGACGAAUGGCAACUAGAGAUCAAGUCAAACAGAAUGGUAGAAACUUUGAAGACUUCUCCACUAGUGUACCCUGAUCUUUGUGUUCAGUUGUUUGAUGGGUCGGCUGCGACUGACAUUCAUGGUUGGGGGCCAUCUUUUACACUUCCCCACCCCUCUCAUGACUCACCCGACAUUAAUUUAAAUGACGUCGAUGGUAUUAAUGUAACUCACAUGGAAAGUAUACCCGAAAGUCCAAAUGAAGGAACCUCUAGUGUUUUCAAAAACAAAGGAGGUAAAGGAAAAGGAAAAGCAGCAAUCAACGCAAAGAUCGUUGAAGUCGGUGAUGAAAUUAGCAAAGUUGCAAGAAUGUUAGUGGAGAAACAUAAAGAACACGAUAUGGCAUCAUGUAUGGAAAAGUUGGUGAAAAUGGAAUGGGGAAUAUCUGAUCCAAGAUACCAAACGACUGUUUUGCUUUUUGGUGAAAGUGCUGAUCUUAGAAAAGUUUGGUUAUUUCUUCCGACGGAAGCUUGUGAGAUGUGGUUAAAGAAUGCUGGAUCAAAGUAUGGCUUGAUGUGAUGGUUUUUUUAGGAUUUUAUGUUAUGUGUGUCGUUAUGGAUUUAAAAUGUUAAACUUUUUAGUAUUUUAUUUGAUGUGUGUUAUGGAUUUAAAAUGUUAAACUUUUUAGUAUUUUGUUUGAUGUGUGUUAUGGAUUUAAAAUUUUAAACUUUUUUAGGAUUUUAUUUGA